GGCGGGGAGUUGCCGGCGGGGACAGGGUGGGCUUGGAGAGGCGCUGCCGCCGCUGCCGCCGCUGCCGCCGGUGGUGGCACCGGGAGGGCACCGGCCAUGGACGCCACCACGCUGGAGCUGGACGCGGUGAAGUUCGCGCAGCUGGCGGUGCAGCGGGACCAGAGCGGGCGCUACCAGGAAGCGGUCUUCUACUACAAGGAAGCCGCACAAGCCUUGAUUUAUGCUGGGAUGGCUGGGUCAAACUUGGAAAAUAUUCAAGAAAAAAUAAAUGAGUACUUGGAGAGAGUUCAAGCUCUCCAUUCAGCAGUUCAGUCACAGAAAACAGACCCUCUGAAGUCAAAACAACAGUUGGACUUGGAGCGUGCUCACUUCCUAGUUACACAAGCUUUUGAUGAAGAUGAUAAAGGCAAUGCAGAAGAAGCUAUAGAGUUGUACACAGAAGCCGUGGAACUCUGUUUGAAAACAGCUACUGAAACUUCAGAAGCAGGCCUCCAGUCCAAACUGAAACAGCUGGCUCGACAAGCACUGGAUAGAGCAGAGGCACUGAAGGAAUCUAUGUCAAAGUCAUCUCAGAAAGAAAAGUCAACUGCAGCUAAACCAAAUCAGCCAGUGAGAACGUUCUUCCCAUUGGGACCUGAUUUUUCUUUAAAUGAUAAACCACAGACAAUCAGAGCAGUACAAGCUAGCGAACCUCAAGGUCAGAGAUACACUGCAGAGGAGAUUGAAGUGCUCAGGAAGACUUCAAAAAUUAAUGGCAUUGAAUAUGUACCUUUCAUGAGUGUCGAUCUGAGAGAACGUUUUGCUUUCCCUAUGCCUUUUUCUGAUAAAUGCGGGAAGUUACCAUUAUCCCCCAAACAGAAAGCAAUGUUUGCCAAGUGGGUGCGACCAGAUGACAUAACAAAUAACCCUACCAUGAUCUACACUGUAUCAAGUUUCAGCAUAAAGCAGACAAUAGUGUCAGAUUGCUCUUUUGUGGCAUCACUAGCUAUCAGUGCAGCAUAUGAAAGAAGAUAUAACAAAAAAUUGAUCACGAGUAUAAUUUACCCUCAGAAUAAGAAAGGGGAGCCAGAGUAUAAUCCAUGUGGUAAAUACAUGGUGAAGCUUCAUAUCAAUGGUGUACCUAGAAAGGUAAUCAUAGAUGACCAGUUACCUGUUGAUCAUAGUGGGGAACUUCUCUGCUCUUAUUCUAAUAAUAAGAACGAAUUAUGGGUGUCACUAAUAGAAAAGGCUUACAUGAAGGUCAUGGGAGGAUAUGAUUUUCCUGGAUCAAAUUCUAAUAUUGAUCUCCAUGCACUGACUGGUUGGAUACCUGAAAGAAUUGCUAUGCACUCUGACAAUCAAGCUUUCAAUAAAGACAGUACUUUCAGAAUGCUUUAUCAGAGAUUUCACAAGGGAGAUGUCCUUAUUACCACAGCAACAGGGGUGAUGUCUGAAGAGGAAGGAGAAAAAUGGGGUUUAGUUCCAACCCAUGCAUAUGCAGUCUUAGACAUAAGAGAAUAUAAGGGACUUAGAUUUCUUCAGUUGAAAAAUCCCUGGAGCCACUUACGUUGGAAAGGACGAUACAGUGAAAAUGACACAAGAAAUUGGACCCCAGAUUUACAAAAAUACUUGAACUUUGAUCCAAGAACAGCUCAGAAAAUAGACAAUGGCAUUUUCUGGAUUUCCUGGGAGGACCUGUGCCAGUACUAUGAUGUUAUUUAUUUGAGUUGGAACCCAAGUCUUUUCAAAGAAUCUACAUGUAUUCACAGUACCUGGGAUGCAAAGCAGGGCCCGGUGAAGGAUGCCUACAGCCUGGCCAACAAUCCUCAGUACAAGCUGGAAGUGCAGUGUCCACAGGGUGGUGCUGCCGUCUGGGUCCUGCUCAGCAGGCACAUCACUGACAAGGAUGACUUUGCACACAAUCGGGAAUUCAUUACAAUGGUUGUGUACAAGACUGAUGGCAAAAAAGUUUACUAUCCAGCUGAUCCUCCUCCGUAUAUCGAUGGUAUUCGGAUCAACAGUCCUCAUUAUCUGACUAAGAUAAAGUUGACCUCUCCAGGGCCCCAUACAUUUACCUUAGUGGUGUCCCAGUAUGAGAAACAAAACACUAUCCAUUACACCAUCAGGGUGUACUCCUUGUGCAAGUUCACCUUUUCCAAGAUUCCUACACCUUACACCAUUUCCAAGCGGGUUAAUGGACAGUGGAAAGGUCACAGUGCCGGAGGAUGUGGAAACUUCAGAGACACCUACAAAAAUAACCCCAUUUAUCAAAUCCAGCUAGACAAGAAUGGACCACUGCUAAUUGAACUACGGGGACCGAGGCAAUACAGUGUUGGCUUUGAACUCGUCACCGUCUCAACAGUAGGAGAUCCUGGUUCCUAUGGCUUUCACAAAAAGAGCAGUGGUGACUACAGGUGUGGAUUUUGCUACUUGGAAGUGGAGAACAUACCUGCUGGAGUUUACAACAUUAUCCCCACCACAUUCCUGCCUCAACAAGAGGGUCCUUUUUUCUUAGAUUUUAACAGUACUACUCCUCUUAAGGUGUCCCAGCUGCAGUGAGGAGACAUAUCUGUGCAGUACUGUUUAAGGAGGUGGUUUUGAUCUGUACUACAGGCUGAGAACAGGUGAAUAACCCUUCCUACACAUAUGCACAAAAGAAAAUUACAUUCUAAGUUAUAGCCAAAAGCAUGGAAUCACUGAUUGCCACUUACUUGUGGUAGGCAGUUAGCUGUGGGGUUUGCUGCUAUGGUACUGGAGGGAGCACUGUUCAACAGGCUUGGGAAUAGGCUAAAAUGCAUAUAUUCAAAUGAACCAGCAGAACUCAAUUUAUUGCAAUUUUCCCACGCUUUGAAUCAAAGUCCAGUGAGUUAGGAGAAAAACUAACACUGAAAUUCCCUUCUCCCAAAAUACAGGGUAUAUGGGUUAAAGAUUUUAUUCUUAAAAGUAAACAUUUAAGAAAAAAUAUUCUUGUGUAUUUCUGCUUAUUCAGUCUCAGGACCAAAUAGCUUUUACUACAUAUUUGUGCUGCUAUCUUGAAUGUUUUAAGCAUUGAAAUCACCUCUAAAUGUAAAUUUACUACUGCUGAGCAUGUAGUAGUCCAUGCGCCAACUUAUCUGGAAUAUGUAUAUAGGAGUAAAGGAACUAUUUCUAAGAGCUUCGCUCAUGUCACAUGUACUUUGAGAACUGUUAGUUCAUAUUGGUGUCACUUUAGUACAUAAAACAGCACAAGGUUCUCUGUGGUUUUCUUCCUACUAGCUGCCAGACCGAGCUUGAUCCUGAUCAGCAGUAAGGACAGGGGGUUAUCCAGCAGCAGCAUACGGAGAAUGCAGCAUAGACUUGCUUGAGCAGGUGUGAAAGAUUUUCAUCUGAAGAUCCCCACAGUCUCAGUUGCUGGUGGGGAGAUGGGAAACUGCCCACCAUCAGAAACCCAGCAAAGAAAUGUUUUAUUUUCAUCACUUUUAUAAGUAUUCAGCCUAUAGGGAAGGAUUAGUUAAGCCUCUCCUGCUAAUAAACCACAGCUGCAGGGAAUGCACUUGCUGAUUCCAUUAUACCAGACAUCUUUGAAAAGGUACUUUUUUCCUUGUAAGUUGAAACCAGUGGAUGAAUUGAGCAUUUGGCCACUGUCAUCAACAGAAGCAAGGUUAGAGUUUCUAAGAAAAUAGUGGAAGUGGGAUUAAUGCAGAAUGAGAUUUUUCCAGAAGCCUCCUAUAUGAGCUCCUCCUCUAGAUCUGUAUACAUUGUAUCUAAAGAGGAUUCAAGAUAACCAAAUUUUCAAUUUAAUACCAACUGCCUCAGAUCCUGAAAUGCAUUAAAUUUUGUCUUUUUUACAAAUUAUAUAAUAUUUGACAGCUGGGGGAGAGGAUGUUUUUAAAACAGUCAUGGGAAUUUUGCUGCCAUUCACAUUAGUUUGCCAGUUUUCCAAUCAAAACAGGUAGCAUUUAAAUCUUGCUUUAGAGCACAGGUGUCACUUGGCCAUUGGGAAACUGAGCACACAUUCUACAGGAGCACCAGAAAUAUCUGUGGGCUAAAAUUACUCCCACAGAGGUCUGCUAUUAGAAAAUACAAGAUUCUUUUGUUUCGUUUCCUUCAUCAGACAGCUGCUUAACAAGUGUCUAGUGCUGAAAGGGCACUGAUAGCUCAUGCCUUUGAAAAUAUGUCCUGCUGACUGCUGUUCUCUCAAAGGCCAUCUGGGAUAGGAAAUUUGGGACAGGUUUGUCACAGUGUGACUUACCUUCUUUUGCAGGGAAGUUUCUGCAUGGGCACAAGCUGAGCAAAGAAACAGAUUAGGUUCAUUGUAGUUACCCCCUGGCUUCUGGAGUAUAGGUCAAGGACAGCUUCAUCCCUACAAAAUGAAAAUUUCAUUCAGCUCACAUUUUCCCUACAGAUUUCUGUGAAGUUUUUAGCUCACGCUAAACCAGAAUCACAGUGGAGUCCUGCAUGUAUCUUAUCACCUGUGACGUUAGAGGUAGUUAGGAAGUCCCAACUGAGUAUCUUUUUGGCAGUACAAAAUGCAGAUGCCAGAACUGCCAGCUUUCAGUACCAAGUUCUUGCAAAUUCUCUGCUGUGUUGAGAUCAAGCUGGUAGACUUGCCUACAGUAAAAUCUGUUGUUGUUCUUCAGUAGUUGGUUUCUACUCAGCAGAAAGGAGUUUUUCUUUCUUUUUCCCCCUGAGUGCAAGCUACUGCCAAGCUUAUGCUGCAUGAAACGAGCAUAAGGCUCAGCUUCCAUACUGUGCUGAACUAAAACUAAACUCAACUAAAAGCAAGAAAUGUACUCACUGUCUGGCAUUAAGGACAAAGUAUCCUGUCCCAAACAGGAUGUGCUGAUAUUUCUUACAUAUACAGAACAGUCAGGGGAUUUGGCUUAUCUUAAAUCCCAUACAUAAAUGGAGACAAGUGUCAAUCUUAUUAAUAUAAAACAAAUCCUGUUCAAAUAUUGCACCUGCAUAGGCUACUAGAAUGCCAUCACUGUGCAUUUCUUUUAAAUAUAGGACAGAACACUCCGGUGGACUAUUUAAGAGGAACUGCAAAGAUUCUGGUUGUGGCAAAUUGAUUUUGCAACGAAGUUUUCUUGCCAUUUUCUCUUAGGAAAAAAUGUUAGCGUUUAUGAUUUGCUUUAAUAUUUUCUGUGAAAUAUAUACUUUAAUAUUUUUUCCACAAAUAAAUCUGGAAAAAUUAUUGGAAAGUGAAGAUUUUAAGACAACCUCAGGCCACAGUCUAAGCUAAGCUUUUCUUUCCCCUAUACUGUUUAGCAUUUUUUGAUCCGUGACAGAGAACAUGAGGUGGUGGGUUAUGCAGCAAGACUUCUAGAAAGGAAUAAGACCUGUGAAUGCAAAAAUUUAAAUAGCUGCCCAACAGAGGUAUAUUGGAUUUGUUAUUUUACUUCCAGUUAGACAGUCAUACACCUCUUGAUCCUUAAGUCUUCUCUUCCUCUAAAUAUACAAUUCAAGCUUUUAAAAAUUGAAAUACAAGGCCUCAGCAAGCAUCCUGCACUCCUAAGUUGAUUGUCACACAGGGUACACUUCUGAACUACAGCUAGAGCCACAGAUGAGGGAGUAACUGAUGAAAUGGAGGCCAGUUGCUGUAAGGGAUUUUAAGAGGAUUUACACAUUUUCUGAUUCAUUAAGGGAAGACUGCUACAAAGAAAUGACUUUUAACUCUCUGUCAGCAGUGCAGAGGAAUAACUGGAUAUAGCCUCUUCAAAAGUUUUAAUGUUCUCUUUACUUAUGCAUUGCAAAGCCUUUUCUGUGUAUUCCUUUAAAAAUCCUACUUUAAAGCUCCAUACAAGACCCCAUGAUGCUGCUGUUUAUAGCUCAGGUUGAGACACCCCUCCCAGUUUAUUUUUUUUCAGGAAGACACAGGUUAGACCUUGGUUAACCCAAUCCCUCAUUCUCAGACUCAGUGAGAGGUAGUACCAUGGAUGAACAGUAUCAACAGCUUCUAUCCCAUCUGCCCCAUGACACUGCAAGUGUCCUGUAACUCCUUUGUACAGUAAUUAUGCACUUAACCACACAAUCUCCAUGGUGUUUGAACAGCCAGCUACGUAGAAUUAAGUUUGUGUACAUAUAGUAGAGGUUUUCAUUGUUUCAAAAAGGACAUAUAAGUUGUUUGACAAUACCAAAGAGAAGCAGAAUUCCUAGGUUAACAUUUGCUUCAUACAUUCUCAUAUCAGGGCAGCUGAAGUGAUCACGUGUACUUUGAUACAGCAGAGGCUUAUUUUUAUACCCAUGGAGGCAGCUACCAUCAUGUUACACUUCAGAAUCCUUUAAGAGCUCCAACAGAAAAGUAACUGGAGAAAGCUUGUUCAUUUGCUUGUAAUCCAUAGCAAUGUUUGUUCAUUUAAAAGUCUGUCAUAUUUAUAAUUAUGGCUUUUAUGAAGUUUAAAAUAAAAUGAGUUUUCCAUUAAUUUAUUAUAGACACACAGUUCUGCCUGUUUGCUUGUGUGUUUGAAGGGUGAUUUACCUGCUAAGUCUGGAGGUCGCCAAAGGAAGAAGGCUGCAGCAUGGUCUUUCAACAAAUCUCACGGAAGUGGGGUAUAAAAGUAAGGGCAGGGUGGGUUCCACGCACUUUUGUACUUCCUCAUCAAUGGUUUUACCCUGCUUGGAGCUGAACCCAAUCAGGAUAUAGCACACACAACUAUUUUUAUAUCCUGAUGGAACACAAAACUAAUUUGUUGCCUAAGUGCAGAGAGUUUGGGUUUCUAGUCAGAACUGGCAAAAUGGGAGGAAAUGCAAUAGCAAGAGAGGUUAAAAAAAAAAACCAAACCAGAAAAAGGAAAAAAAAUCACCACCAAAAAACCAUCCAAACAACCUAGGAAAAUGUAACUGGCAUUGACUGGGAGGUCUGCAAAAGUAAGAUUCAACCACAAAUACCUCUGCAAAUUUUUCUAACUGAAUACAGCACAGACAAUAGGUCAGCUACAGAAGUUUAAGUAAAAACAUUUAAUGCAAUGUGGCACUUCUUACUGCUUUUCAUUUCAUAUUUAAUACUGCCUACCCCAGCUUUUCCCCAAGUAAUGGUCACAUCAGAAGUUGUAACCACAGACUUCUUUCCUAAGCACUUUUUGGGCCUAGGAACUGCUGGCAAUGGAAGAUUUCAGCCUUCAAGUCUUCGGAAGAUGCGAACGUAUAAAUGUUUAAAGCUACUACAGCGUAACAGUUAUAAUGUGUUGAAUCUAUUUUUUAUGAAAACAGGAUUCUUUACCUCCAAUUCUGCACGGCCUUACAGCCAAUUUCAGCAGCAUUAGGUACAGAGGUGUUGUGUAACAGAAUACCUCCCUCCUUCAGCACACUAAGGGAUUUUGGAAAACCUGACUAAAGCUCUGGUCUUGUGGCACAGUUCAGAAUAAAAAGUGAAUCACAUAUGCAGAGAUUCAGGAAGCUGGAAGGAGGCAACAGUUGCCCAUGUACCUCAAUGAUGAUAAUACCAGAGUUACUCCAGACUGCAGUCUUCAGCUUGAAGUGGAUAUUUGGAGACUAAACUUGCUGCACAAGAAGAUUCGGUUCCUAGAGCUUUGGAUAAACUUCACUUGCACAGACUCAAAAUGUGGAAAACAAAAAUGUUUACUGUAGUGUGAAGAAUUUUACAUUAACUUUGAGAAUAGAUACACAAGCUGUGGCAGGGAUGAAAUACAACAGGACUGCAAAAACAUAGAAUAGAAAAUACUUUGGGCAAUACUAAAAUUCCCAUCAAAUUAACAAUAUAAACUGACGUUUUAGAUAAAAUGGUGCUUUCAGAAAUGCUUAGUCACCAAAACUGAAGAGUCCUAGGAUUUUUUUACUACCACUUAUUAGCAUAAUUAUCAGACACUACUACUGUCUAACAGCUGCUGUCAAAACAUUCCCCGUGCCCUUUCUAGUUUUAUUGAACACUUUCUCUAGGGCAUACUAAAAUCCCAAGUCCCUUUAACAGUUAUAAACCCCCACAAAGUACAACCUACGGAGAAGCUUAAGAACACAUUGUCAAUCUACACUGGCAAUUCCUUUUCUUCAUGCAUAUUUCAAGGGUGAAUCCCUUAUCAUAGCUGUCUGGAAAACAUCUAUGACUCCCAUU